UUUUUUUUUUACUCCGUUCAGUUGGUGCAACACACGGGCCUAGAACGCGCUGCUCUUUCUGCUGCUCUCCACUUCGCGUUAAAAGUAAACCAAUUUACUUAUUUUUUAUUCAAGUGUUUCGAAAUACCAGUGUGAUCCUUGUGAAAAAUGAGCUAAUAACAACAACGGCUAACCAAUAAUGAACACUUUAGGCCUAUUGAUGUUGAGCCUUUUGGGCCUAGUUGAUAGCUAUCUAUCUAGCCAUCAGCAGCCUUUGCUAAGGAAUAUCAUUAAAGUGCGAGCCAGUGGCUUUAUGCCUUUUGAAUCGGAUUUACUAUUACCCCUGAAUAUACUCCGGCAAUUGCAAUCGCAGGAUCGAUCAUCGCGAUAUAUUGGCCAGCGACCCAAGCCGAUAGUUAGGCCAAAGGUCAAGCAGCAAAUCAGAUUGGAAAGAGCCCAUCCACUGAGAGAGGCCAAAGGCGUUCAACUCUAUAAUCUGAUCGAUGAUGAUGGUGAAUUACUGCUGAAUCUGAAGGUACACAAUGAGCCAAAGGGAUAUCCUUCGAGAAAUUAUCAAGAAAGUUUGCCAGAGGAGAAAGUAAACCAAAGUAAAUACCAAGGCUACGAUUCACCGUGGAUGCCCUCGAAAUGGAGACCCACCAGCGAGUUUCCUUUGGGUGUGACCUCUUCAUCGCCACGCCCACUGCCGCUGCAUCAGUAUCUGGGACAAAGUAAUCGAAUUGAACAGAGUACAGGAAAACGAAGGCGGCAGGACAUUUGGCCACAUAAAUAAGAGAUUUCAUUUUAAUCUUAAAUUUAUUUAUUAAUUUAUUUAAAAAAAUUACUAACUAAAACAGCACCAAGAGAGCACAGGCGCAGAUUAUAGAUUAAUGGAACUGAUUUUAGGCUAAGGAAAAUGGUUUUUUCUUUUCUGAUUUUUAAAUAUUUCACCAGAAAGUCUUUAAAUUACUUAAUAUUCUUUUUGUAAAGCUUAAAAUCAGUUGCCAUUUCUCUCUGUGUGUCAAUUUACAAAGUGAAUCAUAAGAUAUAAGCCGCCUAUUAAGCCACAUCGUUCAAAGUAAUCCCUAAGCUACAAGACGACACAUCCCACAGACUAAAGCAAACAACACAAAGUUAAUCCAUAAGAUACAAAAAAAAAACACGCACACAACAACUUAAAACUCACUUGCAAGAAUAAUCCCUAAGACACAUCUAAAUCCAUGUCUAAACUUAAAAAUAAAAACGUUAAGAUAUACGAAAUAAAUGCUUUAGAUUUUGGAAGUUAGAUCCAUGAAAAAACCAACAUAAAACCGGCGAUGAACAGGUCGUUGAGCUACCGCUAAAUUGGAUGACUAUAUGCUGGUAGAUGGUAAUAUGGUAAUAUCGUUGGAUCGAUUGGGUUGAAAGUGAAAUUGAAACGCGAAUCGAAAGUGGACAGGCAGCCAGCCAGCCCAUUGAAUGGAACUGAAUGGAAGUUUAAGUUAAAUCAAAAUCAAAUCAAUAAAAUGCUAAUUUAAAAGCUUAACGAACCGUAAAUAGAGAUGGCAUUAGAAUAGCAAUAGCAGGUAAAUUUUGUUUUUAAAUUAAGUUUGGGAAAGAGGCGAGAGCUUUAGAUUGGAUAAUAGGUAAAGUCUGGCCAACUUUCUAGUUAGAACUUUC